AUGUUGCUGCUGAGAACUUUCGCUCCCUGGCUGCUGUUGGCCUUCCUCGGGCAGCAGGUCUCUCUGUCCUCCGGUGCGCGCAACAAGACGCGUGGAGCAGACAAGACCGUGGUCCCAACCACUGGCAGAGCGCAGAGGAGCGGGAACAAGGGUGCAGCGACCGGGCGGGGGAAAUUCUCCCUCAAGGACGAGAUGCAGUGCACGUGGGGAGCGAGAGACAUGGGGGACACGGUGAGACUGUCGGUCAAAUGUGAGGACCCGAAGGCGCGCGUCAAAGGCGGGAUCACCGAUAUGGAGUGUGAAUACACCGCUAAACCUCAGAGCUGCCGGGGCUACGGGUCCGACCCCAAGGGCUUCUGGAAACAAGUGGCCCGCGCGAUCAAAAGGCUGCAAGGCAAAGUGUGUAAGGAUGAACGCGCGCUGGUGAAGGCUGGCAUGUGUAAGCGCGCGCCCCGGGAUGCGCACUUCAAGCUGGACAUCACCAGCUCCGUGAUCUCCGCUCAGUCAGGAGACCCGGAGACCCCUCCGCCGCUGCCGACUCGCUCCACCUCCGCCGGGCCGACAGCCUGCACAGGGCGCGCGGACCACCGGAAAACGGCAGAAGAGUAUUGCAACAGCUCGUGGGCCAGUGUGUGCUCUUUCUUUUUCUCCAUGCUGCAGGGUGAAGACUGUUAGCUUCAGAUCCCACGAGGGGAAGUGGACUUGAUCAGACUGAAUAUAGGAUUUAUAUUAGGCAUAUGUCAACAAAUGUUUAAUUUUGAAUCAGUAAUAUUCUCUCAACUCCACGCUUUCCAGUUACCACAUACACCAAUAUUUCAGGUUUUACAUUAGUCCCGCAGGUGUGCUUAUUUAUCAGGUGUUUAUUUUUAUAUACAGUCAUGUUUAUGAAUCUAAAGUGAGGAUUUUAUUUCCGUUAAAUGCAGUAAUUUAUCACCAGUUGUGGGAAGUAGCUAAAUUCAGUUGCUGGGGUAGAACAUUUUUUGAGGUAUUUACAGGCCUACCUUACUCCAGUAUUUCAUAUGCUACUUUAAACAUCUAUUCGUCUCCAUUUCAGAGGUAAAUAUUGUACGUUUUCCUCCACUACAAGUAUCUGUCAGCUGUAGUUGUUCAUAAAGAUGUAGUUUCUUUUCAGAUUAAAAUGUUCAUCCAAAUUUAUAUGUAAUGAGAUUAUAAAAUAUGAUGCAUUUUACAUAUUAAACUACCCAACAGUAUGUAAAGCAGACGAAAUUAGCUUUACACAUUAAAAUUCUCCUCACACAUCAAUGCAAUAGUAAUAAUAAUGCAGUAAUUUAAUACAGUAUAUAAUUUAACACUCCUGAAGUGACCAUUCCACAUAAUGAGUACUUCUAGUUUUGAUACUUGAAUCUUAUGUAUUUUUACUUCAGUAAAUUUUCUUUUUGACAUUUAUUUAAAAAUGUCAAGACAUGUUGUA